CCUGCGCGCUCUGACGCGGUGAGAGUUGGAGGUUUUGGAGAAGGAGACUUGCAGGAGGCGCCUCCAGCAAUAUAUCUGCGAAGAUCGCGGCGCUUUUCAAAGCUUUUUCUCCGCGAUAUUUGAAAAACGGAGUCGUGCGGUGAAACUCCUGUGUGUCCCUUUUAAAACAAACCCAGCGCCUGUCAAUCACGCCGCAUUCCAACCAAUCCCAAAGCUCCCUUUUUUUAAAAAGCCUCUUUGCCUGCUGUGCUUUUAUAUUGCACCAUGGCCUGUUUCGAAGCAUUUUUACUACCACGGUUAUUGCCACAAAUCAAGAGGGCAAAGUGAACGGGACUUUCACGAAGUUCACGGCCAAGAAUCUCACAUGCAGAUGACAGAAACCUCACCAUGGGAAAAGAGUCUGCAGCUCGAGGUGUAUCCUGACUUUUUUUUUUUUUUGUAUUUUUGCAAAGCAACUGCCCCACUGAAGCAUGACCAGUCUCUCCAGGUUUAGUGGCUGCCCUCUCUCCUGCAUCAAACCCGGGGAGAGCAAUACUGAACCCAGCAUGGUGCUGCCACCUUUGGCAGGGGAGCACAUGGGACUCCCCACUGGCACUUCCUUAAAACUCUGCCCCUCGCACACUUUCAGAGACUAUCCCGAGACGAGGGCCAGUGCAUAUGUUGACCACUCUAAUUUUGCAGACUCUGGAUUUUCCAGCCCUGGGGGCAUCAUCAUGGCACCAGUCAGCGAUCCACUGGGAUCAAGAUCUACCCACCAUAGGUACCGAGACUUUGCAGGCUACAGGGACAACAGGAGCCACUCUUUUUUCACCAGCUACCAGGACCAGCAGGCCUCCAGUGAUGCCACUCGAGAUCUGAUGCUGGGACUGCCUGGAGACCUUCUCAGCCGAACCCACCACCCAUAUGGACAGAUCAGCCCCACGUUUCUAGGUCUGUAUAAACCUUUAAACAUCCAGCGAGGAGGAGGAGGAGGAUGCUCCAAGCAGAAGCUGGUGUGCAAGUGGACUGACGGCCCAGACGAGGGGGCAGGGAGGAUGCCUUGCUCCAGAGCCUUCGGUACCAUGUAUGAACUUGUCACCCAUGUGACAGUGGAGCAUGUCGGCGGAGCUGAGCACUGCGAGUACGUGUGUCACUGGGAGAACUGUGGCAGAGAGAGGAAGCCCUUCAAAGCCAAGUACAAGCUGGUGAACCACGUCAGGGUCCACACGGGGGAGAAGCCUUUUCCUUGCCCCUUCCACGGCUGUGAGAAAGUUUUUGCGCGAUCAGAGAAUCUUAAGAUCCACAAGAGGACUCACACAGGUGAAAAACCCUUCAAAUGUGAGUUCGAGGGCUGCAACCGGCGAUUCGCGAACAGCAGCGACAGAAAGAAACACUCCCACGUUCACUCCAGCGACAAGCCCUACAUGUGCAAAGUCAGAGGCUGUGACAAGUGCUACACGCACCCGAGCUCUCUGCGCAAACACAUGAAGCUCCACUGCGACAAAAACGGCCCCAGCGCGGCAGAGACCCGUCCGGAUCAAUCCCCGAUCAGACACGCUCAUCCGCCCUCGGACACUCUGCCCUUGUCCCCGGAGAGGCGAGACGAGUCGACCCACAGGUCACGUUUCCAUCACUCACUUGACAACAGUUUGGACUUCGCGACGCACAGGUCACAACCUCUCAUGGAGCCUUUGGUGCUGCAGAGAGGCGGCUACAGGUCGCAGCCCUCCCAGUACACUUGCGCUCAGACUGGUCCCCCUUUAGUCCAAAGCUCCAGGACCUUCCACUCCACUUCCCCUUUUCAGAAAAGCAUCGUGAACGGAUGGUACACAUGCCACAGUGGCGUGGACUCCUACCCGCCAAAGCAAUGUAACAACAUCCUCUGAGUCCCUGGUGGCCCGCAAAACCCGGACCUGGGCGUUCACCCUUUUAGCCUGUACCUGUGUGCUGAACUGUUUAGUUGCCAGUGACGCUUCUUAUGCAUUUGGUUUUAGGUGGACGACCUUUUGUUUUGAAUGUAGCCCUCUUUUGAAUGUACACUUCACCGCCGCACUGUCAGAUGAAAUAUAAAGCUAACUCGGAUCUACUGAUGGACCUUAUAAGUAUAUGUGGGCCUAGAGCAGUUUUGCCUAAUGAAACCACUGCGAGGCUUAGAAACCCCAACACUCCCCUGACUAAACUCCGUUUUUAUGAGCCAGUCUUGUUUGCGUUAUAUCUGUAUUUCUCACAUCUGUGCAGAAAGCAGCGUGAGCACUAUCCAGUGUUACUAUUAAAAGUCUUUCAUUAGCAUAGAGCGCCACUGUACAUAUGCCUUCUGUAUGAUUAAUUAUGUAUUUUAUAUUUUAUUAAAGUGUCUAUAUUCUCUUUCAUCCGCCGUUUGGUGUGAAGUCAAAUCACCCGGUGAACUCCGUAUUUGUUUGCUUUGCCACGGUGCGCAGCCGGGGUUGGAAGAAGCGCGUCACGUGACCGGCCAGGCCGCGUUUGGCUGGGAUUAGGAGUUUGACUGACAGCGCAGUCCAGAGAAAUCUACCUGAUCCGUGGGUGCGCGCUCCCGGUGCGGCGCACGCGCGUCUGCGGCUAAAGCUGGAAGAUAAAGACUUUCACCUGAGGUUCAUUCAUGAAGAGUCCAGCGCGACUGACGCGCGCUUCAUGGGUGGAAGCAGACGAGAAUCGUUAUUUCAACAAAUAAACAGAGAGUUAAAUGGCUUUUUUUUAUUUUAAAUGGUUCCAAUGUCAGUCCUAUUUUUCCCUCUUACCCGCCCCUUUGCUCCUGAGUUAUUUGAAUCGCUUCCGUUGCACAACACUAACACAAUUUACUCCCAUUUUCCGUAGUAAAAACGACAGUCACACAUCUAUUCGUCAUCAUAUCGCAAAAUACUGUUUUUACUUUUUUAUUAGAAGUCAGUUUUUACCCUAAAAAUCUCAUUCCAUACAAAAAAAUGUAUUCGCCAGUCUCCUGAAAGAUGCGAGCCCACUCUGUUUUCAUUCACGUGUUUUUAAAUUCCUGUUUGUAUGGUUUAUUUAUUCGUAAAAAUUAAAGGAUACC